AUGGCAAGAUCAAGCAAACUGGAUGCAGAGGACAAGAAGGCACUAGGAGCUUAUCAAAAGGGUGCCUAUGAACAUUCUCCUCUGAAAACUGGAGUGGAGAGAAUACAAAAGGUGAAAAGGAAAUAUUAUCCCAGAACUGGGAUCCUGAAGACGCUGGUGAUGCUGAAGAAGAACAGGGUCUGUAGUUCUCUGGUGACCAACUCAACAGGUCUUGGAAACUCUCAGAGGGAAUAUGAAAGGCAGGUCGUGCUCUACAGCAUCCGCAAUCAGUUACGGUACCGGAAUAACUUGGUUAAGCAUGUCAAGAAAGACGAGCGUAAAUAUUAUGAGGAUCUGUUAAAAUAUAGUCGAGAUCAUCUCAUGUUGUACCCUUAUCACUUGUCUGACAUCAUGGUAAAAGGGCUGAGAGUAACACCAUUUUCGUAUUACACGGGCAUAAUGGAGGAUAUAAUGAACAGCGAAAAAAGCUAUGAUUCAUUACCCAACUUCACUGCUGCUGACUGUCUAAGACUUCUUGGUAUAGGAAGAAACCAAUAUAUAGAUCUAAUGAACCAAUGUAGGUCUUCAAAAAAAUUUUUCAGAAGGAAAACUGCUCAUGAUCUGUUACCCAUGAAGCCUGUGGAGAUUGCUAUAGAAGCUUGGUGGGUCGUACAGUCUGGCUACAUCACUGAGGAUGACAUCAAGAUAUGUACUACUUCAGAGAAGUCUGCUAUUGAUAAGAUAAUUGAUUCAGGUCCUCAGCUUGCUGGUUCAUUAGACUUCAAUGUAGUUCACAGCUUAUAUAACAAAGGAUUUAUUUACCUUGAUGUACCAAUAUCUGAUGACAGCUGUAUAGCAGUGCCACCACUUGAAGGUUUUGUGAUGAACAGACUGCAAGGUGAUUACUUUGAAACACUCCUGUAUAAGAUAUUUGUUUCAAUAGAUGAACACACUAAUGUGGCAGAGCUUGCAAACGUCCUAGAGAUUGACUUAUCUUUAGUUAAGAAUGCCGUGUCCAUGUAUUGCCGGUUAGGCUUUGCCCAUAAAAAAGGCCAAGUAAUAAACCUGGAUAAUCUUCAUCCAUCGUGGAAGAAUGUUCCGUCAGUGAACAGACUGAAGAGUACUUUGGACCCUCAAAAGAUGCUGCUUUCAUGGGACAGUGGGGAAAACAGAAGUCCUAUACAGGAAGCUGGGUCAUCAGCCACAGAUACAGAUACCAACAGUCAAGAUGAUCCAGCUGAAACAGCCAGUGUGAGCAGCCUCAGUCUCUCUAGUGGACACACAAAGCGUAUUGCCUUCCUCUUUGAUUCUACUCUCACUGCCUUUUUAAUGAUGGGAAAUCUUUCACCAAACUUGAAAAGUCAUGCAGUCACUAUGUUUGAAGUUGGGAAACUGUCAGAUGAGAGUCUUGACAGCUUCUUGGUGGAGUUGGAAAAGGUUCAAAGCACGGGUGAAGGGGAAGCACAGCGGUACUUCGAUCACGCGCUUACACUGAGGAACACGAUUCUGUUCUUGCGGCAUAAUAAAGACCUAGGGGCACAAGCUGUACAACCUGAUCAACCAAAUAAUGGCUUUCCCUUGGACCUCUUACGAUGUGAGAGUUUGCUCGGCUUGGAUCCAGCUACCUGCAGCAGAGUUCUCAAUAAAAAUUAUAGUCUGCUGGUUUCCAUGGCACCACUCACCAAUGAAAUUCGACCUAUUAGCAGCUGUACACCCCAGCAUAUUGGACCUGCAAUACCAGAAGUCAGUUCAGUUUGGUUCAAACUUUAUAUUUACCACAUCACUGGACAUGGCCCACCCUCUCUGUUGCUCUCUAAAGGAACACGUCUUCGGAAACUUCCAGACAUUUUUCAGGGUUAUGAUCGCUUAUUAAUAACAUCUUGGGGUCAUGACCCAGGAGUAGUUCCUACUUCAAAUGUGCUCACAAUGUUGAAUGAUGCUUUGACACAUUCUGCUGUUCUAAUUCAGGGACAUGGCAUGCAUGGAAUGGGAGAGACGAUGCACAUACCCUUCCCAUUUGAUGAAGCUGAGCAGCAGGGAGACUUCUCUCGUGUGAACAUGGGCAUUCAUACGGCUUUAAAAAUACUGAGGAACAAGGUAGAUUUGCAGCAUUUUUGUGGCUAUGUCACUAUGUUGAAUCCCUCAAGUCAGCACACGAGCAGAAAACUGAGCGAUGCUUCUGAUGGAAGAGGAGAUGCUGAACUAGGAUCAGGUUUUGAUGUAAAUGGGAGCACAGAAUCAUUUGAGAUGGUAAUAGAAGAAACCUCAAUGGAUUCUGCAGUCAAGCAAAGCCUUGAAGUACCCACAACAGAACUGGAAUGGGUUCCCCUGGAAUUAUGCUUUGGCAUUCCACUCUUCAGCUCUGAGUUGAAUCAAAAAGUCUGCAAAAAAAUUGCCACUCAUGGAUUAUGUAGAAAAGAGAGCCUUCAAAAACUCUUGCAUUCCAGUAGAAAGCUGUCUCUUCAGGUCCUUAAUUUUGUUCAUUCAUUCCAGGAAGGUACUUCAACACUGGAUCAGCUCCAUGAUGCUGGUUCUUCAAGUUCACCUCUGCAGCCCCUUUCUUCAGAUAUGGGUGUUCCACUUCCUGCCAAGAAUCUCAUGUUCAAAGAAGGUGUAUUAUCUGAAUGGAACGGGUGGUCCCCUUGCUCAGUUUUUUUCAACCACACCUGA